GCAAAACAAGAUAAUCCAUCUGCCUCUUGAAUCUUCACCAAAUUAGCCAUGCCGUUUCGGUUGAACUUGAAUGCUUUGCUUUGCUCCUUAUUCCUUUCCUUUUUUGUUUGUUUUUCCUUUUUAUGGGUACAUCACACCGUAUUUGGCCCGGGUAGACGAUCCUUGAGUUUGGAAUAAGAGGCUUUUUCAUGUCUUUUUACGUUUGUGGCCACAAAAAAAAGAGAGGGAUCCAUCAACUGCCAAAUAUCCCUUGCGUUCAUAUUCCACUUUUUCUGUUUUUGUCUUCGCCCUCUCAUCCCUCUUUAGGGUUUCUGAAUUUAUUGUGGUUCAUUUUUCUUAGAGAUGAGUAUAGACGCUUCCCCUUUAAUAUGUGUGAUUUGUCUUGCAGUGUUUUUAGCUUCUCAAGAACUUCAGCCUAAAGUCUAGACAAUAAGAGGUGGAGAAAAAGAUAAAUCUUCAGCUGGUUGAAGCUGCACAAAGUCUCCGGGAAAUUUAAUCAUGGUAAGAGGCAAAGUUCAGAUGAGGCGAAUUGAGAACGCGACCAGCCGGCAAGUCACCUUCUCAAAGCGCCGGACUGGACUACUGAAGAAAGCUUAUGAGCUCUCGGUCCUCUGCGAUGCGGAAGUUGCCGUGAUCAUCUUUUCACAGAAAGGAAGGCUUUACAAGUUCUCGAGCAAUUCUGAAAUCCGAAAGACAAUUGAUCAAUAUCAUAGAUAUACAAAUGAUGCGAAUAUGUACCAUGCUAAGAUGGAACAAUAUAUUCUGCAUCUGAAGCAAGAAACCAUGGAUAUGGAGAGGAAGAUCGAGCUUCUUGAAGUUCCUCUACGGAAGCUAUCCGGACAAUGUGUUGAAUCUUGCUCGAUCGAUGAAAUUCAACAGAUAGGGAAUCAGCUCGAGCGAAGUUUGAGCAGCAUUAGGGAAAGAAAGGUAUGGGGACGACAUGCACGCACACGAAAGUUAAAAUAUUUCUGCGGAUCUCUUUUACAGGCUCAAUUAUUCAAUGAUCAGAUACAGCAGUUACAAGCAAAGGAGAGGUUUCUGAAAGAAGAGAAUGCAAAGCUUCUUGCAAAGCGCUAUGCAAAUCCUUGGCAGUCAACGGCUCAUCCAAGAGCAGCAGCAAUACAUAGCCAGAGCAGCCGGAGUACAGAUGUUGAGACUGGGUUGUUCAUCGGAUUGCCGGAGAGUUAAACUGAUUCGCCAUCACCGGACACGAGUCUAAUAAUACCUGUUCAAUAGAAUAGUAUAAGAGUUACAGCAAUAUCACUCGGUGACAUCUUUACUCAGCUGGAUUCUCCUUGGCACUAUCCCGACAACAUGUGCAUGAGAUUCAUGGUAGUCAUAUUGAAAAUGAAUAGCGAAGGCAAAGAAAGAUCAUAUUAGAAAUGAGUAAUGACAAUGACAUAUAUGAGAAAGAUUCAGAAACAACAGAUAUAACUUGCCUGCACCUUGGGCUUUCUCAUACGAAUUACACUUCAGUCGAUUCCAAGAAAGAGACGUCUCUGUUGAGCAUAUUUUCCGACUGCUUGCA